GUUUAACUGAUAAGUGACAUCUGAUAAAAAAAAAGAAUUGUUUAUAGUUUGGGUAUUGCAAAAUGGAAAAUUCUGAUAAGGAAACGGCGGAUUGUUGGACAAAAGACGAAACAAAUAUGUUGAUUAAUGAAUUUAAGAAUCACGCCUGCCUAAUUAAUCCCAGUGAUCCAAAAUUCGCAAAUAAAGCUGCCCGAACGGAUGCUUACAAUAAAAUUAUAAAGAAACUAAAAAGUAUUAAACCAAAUGUAAACGUAAAAAAAAUAAAAAAGAAAUUGAGCACAUUACAAAAUCAAAUCUGUCAUGAGAAAGUAAUGGAAGCCAAUUGCAAAAGGCGUGGCAUAGAAUAUAAACCAAAAUUGUGGUGUUACGAUAAACUGGAUUUUCUAAAAAACAAUUCCCAUAUCAGACAAAGUUAUUCGUCCUUACAGGAUACGUCUGAUCAGAUCGAUGUGCACUUCGAUGAAUGCGGGAAUCUGGAUUUAGACGAAACUGAAAUGUUUGAAAAAGAAUUUCUCAAGGAAUAUGAUGGAGCAAUUGCCACAGAAAACAAAAAGAAACGAUCCACACAUAUUUUUAAUCUUAAGACAAAUGUUAAUAAAAAGCGUUGUUGUAAAGAGGAGAUAUUCUGUAAUUAUUUAAGCAGUGAACUGAGACGAAUUCAACUUGAAGAUACAUUUGAUGACCUUAAACUAGAAAUUUUACGUUUAGUAAGACAAGCUAUCAAAAAUGAGAGCUUACGAUGUAUAUGAAAUUAUUAUUAUUAUUAUUAUAA